AUACAUGGUAUCCUUGCGCAAGUACCACUCGUGCGGAAUGGUGCACAGUGGGAUUGCCGAGCGUGGAUGAUCCAUGCACUUGCUGGACUACGAGCCAAGGGGAGCGAUUUCAGCACGAUACUGGAUAUCACGAAUGCAGUUCAGGCGGACAGUGAAUUAAAAGCGUUCGACGACAUAGCCAAGGAUUGCAGUUUUGAAGAGGCGACCUAG